UAUCCUGGUAUUAGAAUAAAGAAAAUAAAGAGAAAUAAAGAAAUUAAAUGAACAAGCCAAGACCAGCCUUUAUACGGUCAAAAAGGGGGUGGAAUAUUGAACCACUCGGCCAACGCCAUAUUUUCAUUUUCCCUCAAAGUGAUGCUGGAAAGUGAUUUUCUAUAGUUUCUAUACUCGUAUGUCGCUUGCAUCAGUUCUCCCUUGGAUUUAGUGUUUUUAAAUCUGUCUUUUUUCGCUCUCUCUCUUUUUUUGUGUCGCUCUUUCUCUCUCUCUCGCUUUCCAUAACUAAACACAUUUGGAUGAUUAUUGUUCAUCAACAAUUAGUUUUUUCAUUAUUAUUAUUUUAAUUAUACUCCAUCUAUUGUACCAGUGUCUGCUUCCUUUUUUCUCUCAUGUCACAUAAUCCAUCAUUCCAGUCUAAUCAACCAACUUUUGAGCAACAAUUUGCCAAUAUAUUUGAUGAUGAAGAGAUGGUUGAUGUUGAUUUCACUGGAGAAGAAGAUUCGCACAAUGUUGGUUUCUUUUGUAUAUUUUGCCCGGAAACGUUUAAAGACAGAGACGAAGCUCGUCGUCAUUACCAAAAGCAUGUCAACUACUAUUCUAUGAUGUGUUCAUUAUGCGGUGAAGGUGCCACUGAUAUGCAAGAAUUUUUACGACAUCACACAGAAGUACAUCCUGAAGCCAAGAAAGGACGAUACAAAAGAAGAGAACAGCCUACAGUUGAUAAAUGGAUAAAUGGUUUUCUUUAUGCGCAAGCAACUAUCACUCGAGCCUUUCCACCGCGAGAUCAUUGUCCAGUAUGUGAGAAAAUAUUUUCUCCAAGUCAGAUAGAGUCUGCACGCUCAAAAAAGACUUCACUUAGUCGUAAAAUAGACCAUAUCCAUCGUCAUCUUUGUUACUUACCAUACGAAUGUAUGCGUUGUAAACAGGAGGGUAAAGAAUACUCGGUGGCUUACUUUGAAAGUAAAGCAAGUAAUCAUAUUGAACUGAAACAUCCAGAGGUUGAUGAUACUGAUUCUCGCUGGCUUAUUUUCCAGAAAACAAUUUCUAUUACUAAAUUAGAUGACUUUAUCGCCAGCUAUUUAGCCAAAUUCGGUAUUUCCAUGGAUUAUGAGAGGCGUCCAAUCAAAAAAAUUAUGCGGGAAUUGGUUCCUGCCUCUAAUGGUGCCAACGAAAUAGCAACUUGUAGUCGAAAUGAUGCGUUACCCUCAUCUUCAGAUAUUUUACCAACCAAUAAUGAUAAUGGUGUAAUUGUUUUGGAUGAUGAUGAAGAUGCUGAUCAAUCACAAGCUGGUGACUCUAGUGUUGCUUCGGAAGAGCCAGCUGACGGCAAUUCCAUGAUCAUCUCAGUUUCACCUUCUCAUGCUGAGUACAUUGAAUCUGGAAGAACUUCCAGACAGCGUAGACACUCGAAAGAAUAUUUUUGCCUUUUUUGUAACGCCAAAUUUCCUUGUAAACUAGAUGCCUACCCUCAUUUUGGUGAACAUUUGGAGUACAAACCGGUUUUGUGUUUAUUGUGUGACAAUAAGUUUCACGAUACAGAUGCAUUCACUUUGCACCAUCAACUAAACCAUCCUGAGGCAACAGAUCUUAAAUAUGAAAUCCGAGAAGAUCAGAAUAUUGAAAGAUGGGUUGAUGAAUUUCUUGAAUCUCAGACUACACCUUUGUCAACUAGAUUAACAUUAAAUUGCUCUUGUGCAACGUGUUGCCCUGUCUGUGAAAGAUUACUACCUCGGAGAAAUCUAGUCGCCUCUGGUUGCACCCCGUGCAACAAUCAUAAUGAUGUUUCCUUCGCUGAACAUAUUCACCAUCAUUUGGCCUAUAAUGCUUAUGAAUGUACAUUUUGCAAAAAAACAGGCCACAGCACUCGUCUACCAAAUCUUGACUCAGCUGCCCUCAAUCAUGUUCGUGAGAAUCAUUAUGUGCGUGAUGCUACCCUUUAUCAACUUAGUCGAACUUUUCCAAAAACUCUCACAAUAGCAAAAUUAGAACGAUUUAUUGCUGAAUCCGUGCAAAAACGUCGUCUACUUGAAAAGAAAUGGCGCAUUUUCAAAAAUGAACAGAUUAAAAUGGAGAGAUUAAAAUUUCAACAACAGUUUAGUCCUGCUAAUAGACUUUAUCAACAGCCAUUGCAAUACCUACCAAACUUAGGUGUCUCUUCUGUGAAUCGUGAUAGUUCUCAUCAACAAUUAAGACAUAACCUUUUUCCAGGUCCUCUCAAGAAUAAUGUUAAUCAUGUUCGAGUUGAAGGAGGCCGAGUUGUCAAUCUUCCAAGCCCUCUUUCGAUUAAAGCAAUUCAACAGAGGAAUAGAUGCAAAAGUAAUUCAAGCUUGCAUACAAACAAAAAUAACUUCAUCUCUAGCAACACUAACAAUAUCACCAAUAGCGCUGUUAUGAAUCUUUCAAUGAAAACAGGCAGUGUUAACAAUCAUCAUCUAAAUAACAGUAUCAGUGGCAUUAAUAGUAACAACAUGAAUCACCUUAGCAUGAACCACGGUAAUAGCUCAAUGAGUAGCCACAAUAUUAACAACGCUGCAAGUUUGAUGAUGAAUAUGAUGAUGAAUAUGCAUAAUAAUUUCGUCAACAGUGGUAGUAAUAGUAACAACAACAACAACAACAAUAAUACUAGUAACAAUAAUAAUAAUAGUAAUAAUAAUAAUAAUAAAAACAACAACAACAACAACCACGACAACAACAAUAACCACGAUGAAGACAACAUGGGUACCAAUUCUAGCACCAAUAACAACUGCACCAGUAGCGCCAACAAUAGUGACAACAACAAUAACUCUACUAUUGAUCUCACAAACGAUUCUUCAGUAAAUGAUGAAAGCAUGUUAGGAGUAUCAACUGGAGUGCGCUUUUAUGUCAAGUGCCUUCAUUGUAAUAUCGAGCUACCUAAUCGUAAACAAUUGAAAGUACACCAUCGACAAGCACAUCCCGGUUUAACCAUGGCUUGUUUCACCACACCUAAACCAAUAAUUGCUACAGAAGUCUCACCAUGAAAUUAAAGAAUACCAGGAGAGACAAAUCUAUCAACAAGCGUUUCAACAAAGAUCCUCAAACAAAAAUAAAAUUGACUUUUUGUUCUCGUCCCUUAAACCUACCCACUACACAUCAGGAUACAAACAACAAAAAAUGCUAUCGUCACUACCAUUAUGACAACUAUUAAUUGCGUUCUACUUGUCCCCUUCCUCUUAACUUAAAUACUCGAUAGUUUGCUUGUGUUUCCUAUAUCUUAUUUCCAGCUACUUCAGUCAAACUCUCAAAAUGGCGCCGUGUGUGAUCAGGCGACUUGCUAUGAAUGCAAGUUUUCCCAGUGCAUUCAAUCUUUCUACCCAAAUCCUGUACGGCCAAAAACAAACCAAAGGGAAAUCAUAUAUGACCUUGAUGUCACUUUGCCAAGGCUCCAUUUUGAGGGACCAGACUGUACUUUUGCUUUUCUCUCUUUCUCUUCUCUCCUCUUCUCGUCUCAUUCUAUUACUUCAUCUCUCUUCUUUAUCUUUCUCUUUCUCUGCAUGUCUUGUAUACAUUUAUACAUUUUCCUUCCCUCUCUUUCUCUCUUUCUAUAUUCAUUCAGGAUUUGUCAGCUUCGGACGUUCCAAAGAAACUGUUUCAGCAUUACUGAGCCCAUCUUUGUAAUUCAAUUCUCAAUCAGUAAUCUCACUUAUAUCGCGAAUAAUUAUUCUGCAUGAACCUGAAAAAUUAUUCCACAGCUUCCUUGGAAAGUCUCCUAAAUGAUAAAUUCUGUUUAUUUGUUUAUUUUUUUUCUUUAGUUUACUUUCUCUUCUCUCUUUCAUAAUUUGUAACUUAACUCAAAUUUUCCUCAUUUUUUCCGCUAAAAAAUCACCAACAUUUACAAAUGAAACGCAAUCACUCACUUUUACCUCUACAUAAUUAGGUUUUGUCUCGUUAUUUGUUACGUCAACUUAAAUGAAAAGGAUUAACACUCGAUUAAGUUAAAUGACAAAAAACGGUAAAACCUAGAUUAUAUUAGUCACAAGUGGGUUCAACUUCCUUGGAAUGUAUCCUUCCCUGUUCCUUUCCUUAUUGGAAUCCCUGACAAACUUAAUUUAAUAUUAAAAUGAGCAUGAGAAAGUACGAGAAGAUGAAAUAAAAACAAAAAAUCAAAUAGAUUUAACAUUUAUUUACCAAACAAAAAUGUUGAUAAAUUGUACCUCUGUUUAGCACGUUAUCAGUGAAUUGUACUUGUCCCUU